AUGAAUAUUUAUAUUUUUAAUUCAACCCAAAUGAACAAUAUAAACGUCUCGUAUUUUUUCAACUAAGUCGCAAAUUAAAAUCAAAACCCAUAAAUAAACGGUUAACAAAACCCAUAACAACGUGCAAGCCAUUUAAUAAUAGUACGCCGUUAAAAUCCUCUUUCAGCAUCAAACCCAUAAAUUGAAAACAAUUAAAACAUAUAAAAUAGCAUCGAAAACAAUGAAAAUAAUAAUGAAAAUAACAAUGAAUAACAACACCAAAAUUAAGAUUAAAAAGAAAAAGAAAAAGACUUUUCUUUAGAAAUCGAAAAUUUAGCUGUAUAAACUGAAAAUCUUGAUUUUGUCAAAUGCCCCAUAUGUAUCCAUAUAUAUGUAAAUCCAAUUGCCUGUGGGAACUGCUUGAAUCAUUUUUGUAUGUUUUGUAUUAGAGAAUGGUUAAUAAGGAAUCCAAAUUAAUGUCCUUUAUGCCAUAAUUUUAGAGAAAUGAGGUGCUUUCCAAUGCUUAAAAAUAUGCUCGAUAAGCUUUAAUUUAAUUGCAUAAAUAAAGAAUAGGGUUGUUCGUAAAUCAUAUAUUACGAACAGGCGAAAAAACAUGAAGAAGUAUGUGAAUAUAAACUCGAAGUUUGCCCACAGAAAGAAUGCCGAUAAUAAAUGAUAAGGAGACUUUUGCAAAAACAUAUAAAAGAAGAGUGUGACUUUGCUGAAGAGGCAUGUAAAUGGUGUUUGAAAGAGCAUAAAAAAAAAGUAAUUGAAUUACAUGAGGAAAACUGUGAUUUUAAGGAAACUGAGUGUAAUUUAUGCGGAUUAACUUUCAAGCUUUUAGACAUUGAUAAUCAUAAAGAUGUUUGUCCAGAAAAUUUGAGAAAAUGUAAAUGGUGUAGGUAGUUACUUAAAUAAAAGGAAAUUAUGGAUCAUGAAGAUUGCUGUGGGGAAAGGAUUAUUAAAUGCUAAGGAUGUGGAUAUGAAUGCUGUUUGAAUGAGCAUUUUUUACAUAUGAAAUAGUGUAAGGAAUAUCCUGUUUUCUGCAAUAAAUGUGAGACAGAAAUGAAAAGAAGAGAAUUCGUGAAUCAUACACCAGAAGUAUGUAUGGACUUAAGAUCAGAAUGGUUCGCUGUGGGAAUUAUUGAUGAAUCGAAUGUUUAUUCGGCUAGAAGAUAUCAUGACAUAGGACAUAAAUCUUAUUUGAUUUCGGCUAAUGGGAUUUUCUAUUCUUCACAUAAUCCAUAUGAAAAUUGGCAAAAUAAACCUUUUAUAAUUGAAUAAGAUGAUAUUAUUUCAGUUUGUUAUGAAAAUAAUUAGAAACUUAAGUUUGUUAAUCAUAAUAAAAAUUAAGAACUUAAUGUUAAUUUAGAUCCAGAAACAAUAGAUAAUGGAAAUUUUUAUCCUUGUGCAUGUCUAAGAUGUCCUGGAGAUUGUAUUGAGAUUGUUGAAAUAAAUUAAGAUUUAUAAUAAUAAUAAUAAUUAAAUUAAUAAGAAAUUAUUAAUGCUUAAGAAGGAUAAUAAAUUAAUGAUGAAAGUGAAGAAUUUAAUAUAUGA